AUGCAUCUGGGCUACGGAAACAAGUCUUCCACCUCGUUGACUCAAGCACUAGCCAAUGCCGGCGCCAUCAACUCCCCUGCUUUCAGCCUUUGGUCCGAUAAUAUCCUGUUCGGCGGCGUUGACAGAUCAAAAUACAAUGGCACCUUGCAAACCUCCCCCAUCAUUGAUGUCUCCCAUCUCUCAAAAGCCUUUCGUAUCAAUAUGGAUGGCCUCUCGAUCAAUGGGUCCAGUCAGGCCUCGGACACGUUCCCACUGGACGCUCAUAUUGACACCUCCUGGUUUGUGACAUACGUGCCCAAGUCAUCAGCGAGAGAGCAACCAUCGGAUUCAGGUUCGGUGAACUUGAAUUUCGAAUUUUAUCUCCACAACUUCAUCGCGUAUGAUAAGAACGUGACCAUCCUUGACGAUGAUCCUUCACCUCAUGCGACAUUUGAUGAUAUCGGUGAUACAUGUUGGCUGACAAUCUGGGAAAGCAGGCCUGAGAAUAAAGAGCUCUCGGGGGAGAGGGGCAUCAUCCUGGGUACCAACUCCAUGAGCUUGAUCUACUCAGUCUUCGACCUUCAAAACGAUGAGGUAUCAUUGGCAAAGCGAAACUGGGACGACUUACCUUCCGAUAUUAUCGAGAUCACAAAGGAUGGCGUACCCGGGGCGAAGAGUAAUGGAACGAACAAGACUGGGGCAAAGAAGAAUGGGGCUACUAGUGCUUGCGUUGGAGGAGGCCUGGGCAUAAUUGUGUUUGUUGCAGCUACCAUGCUGACUAUGAGCUUUUAA